AAGUCUUGGGAAAAACACUCGGUUUCUACUAGAAUAGUGUGGUUCUUGCAUAAAUUUGAAAAAACUGGUCUCAAUGUGCUCAAAUAACUCUGCAUAAAAGAAGGCUGCUGAUAUAACGGGCAGGACGAUAAUGGUAAACGAUCGCGUAUUCUUCUUCUUUCGAUCGUUCAAUAUCGAUGCAUCUGCCUUAUCAAUAUCCCCUCAAGAAAUGUCGGAAAUAUAGGCCAAUGUAUGGCGAUGCCGAGUCAACUGGGCCGCUCUUCUUCCUCGAUCGGCGAGUCGGUGAACGUCCACGAAGACGACAAUAUCGCGGUAGGCUCAAUAACAGUGUCCGUCGUCUUCAUCCACAUUGAAACUUGAGCAAUUUCUUCGCGAUCUUGAACUUGACAGUGAAUUUUCUUCACAUCGACUGCCACCAGAAUGAAGACGUGCCGCAAAGGAGUUGCAGGCACCGCGAUGGCCUUUAGGGUGGUUCUAUUGGUCGUUUCACUCGCUCAAGUGGUGGUAGCAAUAAGAGAUGCUUCGUGCCCAAGAAUAUGCCAACAGAACGCCUAUGGAGAGCCGGUAUGUGGAUCAGAUGGGGUCAUCUACUCAAAUAUCUGCGAGUUGAAGAAAAAGACUUGUGGAAAAGGAAUCAAACUAUCAACGGAUCCAGGACUUUGUCAACGACACGCCGGUUCCAAAUGCGACCAUAAAUGCACCUCAGAAAAGGAUCCAGUAUGUGGAACAGAUGGCAGAACUUACCUUAACAGGUGUAUGCUUCAGGUAGAGAUUUGCAGAUUAGGUAUAGGACUGUCUCACUUAGGCCCGUGCAAUAACAUCAGUGCCCAUAGAGAAAACUGUCCAGUGGACUGUCGGCAGGCUCCUCAGGAUGGACCAAUUUGUGGCAGCGACGGAAACGUUUACAAGAGUACUUGCCAAAUGAAGUUACUCACUUGUGGACAGGGAGUGGUCAAGACGAAUAAAAAAUACUGCCAAACAACCAGACAUUGUCGGGAAUCUUGCUGGAGAAAUGCCCGACCUGCAUGUGGCUCAGAUGGAAAAGUCUACACCAACGUGUGCAAAAUGAAGUCGAAGAACUGUGGGAAACAUGUCUUUGAGGUGCCGAUGGCCUACUGUGCUGGACAGGAGCGGACAUCGCAAGGGGGCGGCUGUCCAUUGGGAUGUACAGGCGAAGUGGAAAAGCCAACAUGCGGAUCAGAUGGAUACAUUUAUCGAAGCGAAUGCGAGUUGAAAAUGCUCAACUGUGGCAACAUUCGACGUGUGGUCAAAGUGGAUUUCGACAAGUGCAAAAACCGGCUGAAUAAGUGCCUGAAAACGAAAUGUUCCAGCGAUUCGGAUCCGGUUUGUGGGACGGAUGCGCGCACCUACACGAAUGAGUGCCAGCUCAAUCUGGCGACCUGCGUAAAGGGCGUUCAAUUUGCCCAUCUGGGAAAUUGCACCCAAUUGAAAGAAGAUCAUUGUCCGAACGAUUGCGACAAUAACGUUGAUGAGGAGCCAGUGUGUGGAAGCGAUGGAAACGUUUACAGAUCGCACUGUCACUUGAAAAAGGAAACAUGUGGCCAACUGGUUAUCGAGGUCCCACUGCAACAUUGCAGAACAACCGCAUCUUGCAACGAACAAUGUUCGGACGAAAGGAACUUUGUUUGCGGCUCGGACAACAAGAUUUACAGGAGUGAAUGCGAAAUGAAACGGGAUAACUGUGGGAAGCACAUCUUUGUGGUGCCGAUGAAACGAUGCAUCGCCGGCUUUCUCUUCAGAGGCUGCCAAAAGAUAUGCCCGACCUACUACGACCCAGUUUGCGGUACCGACAACAUGACCUACAGCAACACCUGCUUCUUGGAAAUCGAAAAUUGUAGGUCGAGGUCGCUGGUCACCAUGAAAAACAUGGGCACGUGCACUGAGCCCAUCAACGAUAUACCGAAGAACUACCUUUACUGAGCACCGUUUGGUUCCUGAUUGUUUGCAUCAAAAUCCUCAAAUAACUUCACAGCAACUCAAUCUGAUUAACUUAGCAAAAGUGAACACAUGCAUAUAUACAGCUGAA